AUGGCUUCGAAGAGUGCAUGGCGUGGCCUGCACUGGUGUGCUAAGAGACGGCCAUUAGUCCCCCAACCCCCCUACAGAUGUUUCUCCUGCUCUGCUCGCCUCCAGGUCCCAGGGCAGCAGCCCGAGGACCGGAAGACGCACUUUGGCUUCGAGACGGUGCGGGAGUCCGAUAAGGAGUCGAGAGGUAGGAUCCCUGGUUCAAUUGGUCAGAACACUCUGUUGCUGACACGGAUGUCUUCCCUAGUUGGCGCCGUCUUCAGCUCCGUAGCCGGUUCCUAUGAUACGAUGAACGAUUUCAUGUCACUGGGCAUUCACAGACUGUGGAAGGACUACUUUGUGCGGUCACUGAACCCGGGUCGACAGUACGCGCGAGAGAGCCCCAGCCAGACCGGCAGCAGCGAUGUGGCCCUUCACGGAUGGAAUAUCCUCGACGUUGCAGGCGGGACUGGAGAUAUUGCAUUCCGCAUGCUCGACCAUGCCACCAACAUCAAGCACGACCAGCACACCCGGGUGACGGUUGCCGAUAUCAACCCAGACAUGUUGACGGAGGGCAAGAAACGAAGCCUCGACACCCCAUACUAUAACACCGAUAGACUCUCGUUCAUGCAGGGCAACGCGGAGUCGAUGCCUUCCAUUCCUUCCAACUCCGUCGACCUGUACACUGUGGCGUUUGGCAUCCGUAAUUUCACCAACAAGCAGGCCGCACUGGAAGAGGCCUACCGCGUCCUCAAGCCCGGCGGCGUCUUCGCGUGUCUCGAAUUUAGCAAGGUGACCGUUGGCGUCGUCGACGAAGUGUAUAAGCGAUGGAGUUUCAGUGCAAUUCCGUUGAUCGGCCAGCUGGUGGCCGGAGACCGCGCCAGCUACCAGUAUCUGGUCGAGAGCAUCGAAAGGUUCCCCAGCCAGGAGCAGUUCCGCGGAAUGAUUCGCAAGGCGGGCUUCAUCACUCCCGGAGAUGGUUACGAGAACCUCUCGCUGGGCAUUGCAGCCAUCCACAAAGGCGUCAAACCAUUGAAGUGA